AUGCCUUCCAACGCUCAAUUGAUUGAGGAGAGGGUCCUCCAGGCAUAUAACGCGUACGAACGUGACGAAUAUAGCAAUAUCAAGGCUGCCGCGGAGGUAUUCGAUGCUCCUUAUCAGCGCGUACGGAGGAGGCUCCAAGGCCUUCCAGGCGCGCCAACAAGAGGUGGACAUAAUAAGAGGCUCUCAGUUAAGCAGGAGAGUGCUCUCUAUACACUUAUAAAGCGCUAUAACGACCUCGGCCUAUCCACGAGAGAACAAGCACUCGAGGCGCUUAAUAGGCAGGUUGCUAUCAAGAUACUCAGGAACUUCUCUGCCGAGAGCGCCGCCGAGGGCGUCGGCGACGACGAUAGGGCGACGACGACGUCUCAGAAAUGGCUGUAA